UCCACCAUCAUCAUCAUCAUACUGUCGUUAAAUAUUUUAAACAAAGAACGUUUCCACUGAUGAUGAUGAUGAUGUUAUACACACAAAUGAUACUUUUAUCAUCAUUGCAACAAUCAGUGAUGGCAUCAAUAAUCGAAAAUAAUGAACAACAACAACAACAACAAUCGCUACAAUCAUCAUCAUCAUCAUCUCAACAACUGCAAUUACUAUCACCGAUAUUUAUUGAUGAACCACCAGCAAGAAUGUUGUUUUCCAAUUCUACAGGUACAGUUAUAUCAUGUUCAGCUACAUCAUCAAUAUCACCAGUGAAAAUAUGGUGGAUCAAUGCAGAUAAUCAAGCAAUUGUUCAGGAAAUAACCGGUAUACGUUAUGUACGUCCAAAUGGACAAUUAGUAUUUCCGCCCUUUGCCUUGGAUCAAUAUCGACAAGAUGUCCAUUCAACGACAUAUCGAUGUAUGGCAAGUAAUACAUUUGCAACGAUUAGAAGUCGAGAUUGUCAACUAAGGGCGGUGGUACAUCAAUCAUUCAAACUACAAGUUUAUGAUGAAUUUGUGAUCAAAGAAAAUAUGGCCAUCAUGCGUUGUCAUAUACCAUCAAUUGUACGCGAUUAUGUACGUAUUGUUGCAUGGCUUCGUGAUGAUCAUAUAUUGGUUACAGCCAGCCAUAAUCCACAUGCUGGCCGUUAUACACUAUUAUCGACUGGUGAAUUGCUCAUUCAUAAUACAACAUUUCAAGAUUCUGGAUUUUAUCGUUGCCAGAUUAGACAUCAAUUAACCGAUGAAUUACGUACUAGUGAUGAAUCUGGACGUCUUAUUGUUACCGAACCACAUAACGGUGUUGCACCAAGAAUAUGGACACACACAACAGUGAUUUGUGAUUUAAACACCAUUUGUGAAUUAGUAUGCAUCGCUCAAUCAUGGCCAUUAUCAUCAUAUAGAUGGUACCGUGAAACGGAAACUGGUGUUUAUAUGGCUGCCAAUCUAUAUGAUGUCGAUAUUGAUGAUGGUGGUGGUGGCGGCAAUACCGGUAACGGUUAUCGAAUGAUAUUCCGUCCAACAACAGCUUCACAUAAUGGUCAAUGGAUUUGUAUGGCAAAUAAUUCAUUGGCCGAAGAAAAGGCAGUGAUUCGUGUACAGGUACGAUCACCUUUACAGGUAAUGAUUGAACCAAGACAACAAAUACAAGUGGAUGCAGGUCGUCCAAUUACAUUCAAUUGUACGGCAAUCGGUGGUCCACCUAAUCGUCAACCAUCAUGGUAUUUUAAUGGUAAAAAUAUGCUCAAUAUUUUUCGUGAACAUGUCCGUGAUCAACGUAUUCGGUUGAUUGAACCAAAUAUACUACAUAUAUCAGCUGUACGACGACAAGAUGUUGGUGCAUAUCAAUGUGUGAUACAAUCAGAACAGGAUGAAUCACAAUCAAUUGUUGAAUUAAAAUUAGGUGAUGUAGCACCAAUGUUAUUGGAAACAUUCUCCGAAAGACAAGUGGUUGAAUCAAAUGCGGCUAUUUCGAUACGUUGUGUUGUGAUUGGAACACCAUUGCCACAGAUACGUUGGUAUCUAGAUGGUCAUCCAAUACCACCAAAUCUAUCAAGAUUUCGUACCGGUGAUCAUGUUACAAAUGAAGGAAAGGUUGUCAGUUUUGUUAAUAUCACUAAUAUUCGGGUGAUCGAUGGUGGCCAAUAUACAUGUGUAGCUGAAAAUGAAGUUGGUAGAGCAUCAUUCGAUGGUUUAGUAUUAGUGAAUGGUGGUCCGAAUCUUCGUACAUCAUUCUGGAAUCAUCAACGUCAUCAUAAUGUAAGCGUUGUAGCUAAUAUGGAUGCUAUAAUACGUUGUCCAAUUAUUGGUUAUCCAUUGGAAUCAAUUCAAUGGGAACAUAAUAAUAACAUUCUACCGGUAAACCAUCGACAAUCAAUUGAACCAAUUAUUGAUGGUUAUGGUGGUAUAUUGCGUAUUGAAUCGGCACAUUCAUUUCAAGAUUCUGGUGAUUAUAUCUGUACAGUACGUAUGGCCAACACAGCAACCGCCACUGCUACCGGAAUCGAUCAAUCAGGAAAUCAUCGUUCACAACAACAGCAUUCUACAUUACUGAAAGGAAAUGUGCAAUUAAAUGUACAUUAUGCACCGAAAAUUGAUAGGCAUAGUUUACCUGGUCAUUUGAAAACAAAACAAGGUGAUCGUAUAAAAUUAAUGUGUUCUGUCAUUGAAGGUGAUCAACCAAUUGAAAUUGAAUGGUUUCGUGGUAUGGCGAUGAUGAUGAAAGCAGUAAGACCAUCGGAUCAGAUUUCCAUACAGAAUGGUGAUGAAUAUUCAUUAUUAACAUUUAAAAAUGUAGCCAUUACCGAUUCAGAUAAAUGGACAUGUCGUGCACGUAAUGCAUAUGCAAGUGAUAAUAGUACAAUUGAAAUCAUUGUAAAUGUACCGCCAAAAUGGAUACAUGAACCAAAAAAUGUACAGGUCAUAUUGGGACGCAGUUUAACCAUUAAUUGUCAGGCCGAAGGUUAUCCAAAACCAAAAAUUGUAUGGAAAAAAGCUAUGACCACUAUAUCUACUUCGAAUGUCAUCAAUAACGAAUUGAUAAACACUAAUAAUUUUGAUCAACAACUACAACAACAACAUAAAACUAACAAUGAUUUUCGUGAUAUACUUUCAAGUUAUCGUUAUCAAGUAUUUAGUAAUGGUUCCUUAUAUCUUCAAGAAACAGAAAUUACCGAUACAGGUUUAUACAUGUGUCAGAUAAGUAACGGUAUUGGUACAGAUCUAAGUAAAGUAAUCCAAAUACAAGUACAACAACCACCACAUGUUGAACAAAAAUUCAUCACUGAAACAGUGAUAAAAGGUCAAACAGCAAUAUUACAAUGUCGUAGUGAUGGUGAUCCAAUCCUGAUGGCUGAAUGGAAACGUGAUAUGCAAUCGAUUCAAUUACCACAGCAACAAUCAAAUCAACAUUAUGUGAUAAAAGAAGAUCAAAGUCAAUCACGAACAUCAAUUAUAUCAUAUUUAGAAAUCCUAGAUACAAAUCGUCUUGAUUCAGCAUUAUUCACCUGUACAAUAUCGAAUCCUUACGGUACAGAUAUCUGCAAUAUUCAACUUAUUGUACAAGAGGUACCGGAACCACCGCGUGAUGUAGCCGUAUCGGAAAUAACAAGCCGUUCGGUAAAGAUUAAAUGGAAACCAUCAUUUGCUGGUAAUAGUGCCAUCAUUGGUUUUAUUGUACAAUUUAAGGCCAAAUGUUUUCAUGAUCAUCUUCAUCAUCAUAAUCAUCAAUCGUCGAUUAAUAAUAAUAAUGAUAAUACAGUUAUAAUCGAUAAACGUACGAUUGAUGAUGUAACAUCUUCAGCAUCAGCAUCAGCAGCAGCAACAACGACAACCAAUAUAAAUGGGCAAACAUGGAAAGAAUUAUAUAUAAAUGAUGCCAAUUUACAAUCAUUUGUUCUACGUGAAUUAUAUCCAUGGUGUUCAUAUGAAUUACAGAUGAAAGCACAGAAUUCUAUUGGAAAAAGUGAUUCAAGUCAAAUUGUAACAUUUAAAACACAGGAAGAAAUGCCUGGUGGUCCACCUUUGGAUGUUAGUGUUGAACCAUUAUCAUCAAAUUCAUUGAAAAUGAAAUGGAGACCACCAGAUCAUUAUCUACAAUUUGGACAAAUUAAAGGCUAUUAUAUUGGAUAUCGAAUCAUAUCGAAUGAUGUUACAAGUAUUAGUAGUAGUACAAAUAGCCGCCGUGUUCAAUCAAUCGAUUCAUUGUCAAUGAAUGAACAAUAUGCAUAUAAAAAUGUUGAAGCAAAUCUAGUUGAAACAUCGAUGAAUAAUGGUGCAUAUGAAAUUGCUUAUCUAACAAAUCUAAAGAAACAUACGCUAUAUUCAAUUGUAGUGCAAGCAUUCAAUACGGCUGGCGCUGGUCCCCGAUCCGAUGAAAUUACAGUACGAACAUUGAAUAUUCAAAAAUCAAAUACAAUCGUUUUGGAAGUGUUGAAUACGGAUAUUGAUUCUAUAACGCUCCAUUGGGAAAUUGAUGACUAUUCAUCAUCAUCAUCAUCAUCAUCGACGUCAUCAUCCACAUUGGCCAAUGGAAAUGAUUUUAUAUUACACAUUAGUGAAGAAGGUUCGGCUGGUAAAUGGAUAGAAAAAAAAUUGCCUGGACAAUUACGACGUCACGUUGAAACGAAUUUAAAAUGUGGAACUAAAUAUCUUUUAUAUAUGACAUAUGUUUCAUCUCAACAACAACAACAACAGUCGACUGCUACAGGUGAAAUAAUUACUACGCGAACUAAAGGAACGGUUGCCAUUUCACCAUCGUUGGAUGAAUUCAUCGCUGUUAAUGAUACAGCCAUAACAAUGAAUCUAGAUUCCUGGCAUGAUGGUGGUUGUCCGAUACAGAAUUUUACAAUAAAAUAUCGACAACAUCGCCACAAACAUUGGAAAAAUAUUGGUACAAUACGUUAUGAUCCUCUACAUCAUCAUCAUCAUCAUCAACAACAACAACCACAUCGAUCAUCAACAUUUACGAUAAAUAAUUUGGAAUCGGAUCAGAUUUACAUUCUUUCAGUGAUUGCAGCAUCAACAGCAGGCAUGACUGAAGCUAUUUAUAAUUUCACUACAUCAAAUACAUCAUUAUCAUCAUCGACAAUGAUAUUUCGGUUAUCACCACCAGAUCUUGCGUCAUUUGAAUAUCAAGCGAAUGCUCCAUUUCAUAAUGUAACGAUAAUGUUGCCAAUAAUCAUAUCGGUUAUAGUAUUGGUUGCUGUAUUGACAACAUUGAUUGCAUUUAUGCGUAAACAAGAACUAUUACGUCAUGAACGUGAAUGUAUGACCCAACCUUCGCAGAAUCUUCACCUUCGAUCACCAUCAAUACGAUCGAAAGAUGAUCUAACAGCAGCAACGGAAAUGAUUGCAUAUCCAAUGGUCGAUUAUCAUACGCUUUGUUCAACACCCAAAAAUAAAGCUCAAGAAGCGGCUGUUGUAUCACAAACAACAACAGCAGCUAUACAGCAACCAUUUGAUGAUAUUUAUAAUUCAAAAUCUUCAAUGAUUCAUCAUCACCAUCAUCAUCAUCCAACAUCAACAUUGAUGCAUUAUUCACCAUCAAUCAAUUCGAAACAUACGAUUAUUUGUGGUGAAAAUAAUAAUAAUAAUAAUCCUCGUUCAACCACACAUGUAACAAUCAAUAAUGGUAUUGUUGGUGGUGGUAGUAUCGGUAAUCAUCAUAUCUAUGCUGAACCAAAUGGUGCUAUCAUUGGCCAUCAUCCAUUAUCAUCGUCUGGUUUGCCAUCCCAGCAGCAACAACCACCACCACAAUCAUCAUUAUCAUUAUCAUCAUCGACAUAUGCACAGCCUAGAUUAAUUAUGGCUGCAACCGAUAUGAUAUCCACGGCCACAAAUCACAAUCAACAACAACAGCAUGAUCCAUCAUCAUCAUUGUUGGAUCAAUCAUCAAUGAUAUCCACGGCCACAUUAAUCGUAUCACAACAAGGUCCCAAUAAUAAUAGCCAAUCAAUGAAUGACCAAUUUAAUUGUGCCUUACUCAAUCACAACAGCAAUAAUAAUAUAAACAAUACCCAUUUGUAAAUUUCAA